GAUCUCUCUCUCUCUCUCUCUCUCUCUCUCUCUCUUUCCCGAACCCAAAAUCCCCCGCGGCGGCUCCUCCUCUCUCCUCUCCCUCUUUUCUCCUUGCUCAUUCAUGGCGACGAUCGUGGCGACGUCGGAGGAGGAUCCCGUGCUCGCGGUGGUUCGAUUCACCUCCGAGCUCGCUUGGGCCGACGCCGGUCCAGAGGUUGCGGAACCUCAAGUGACGAGGCUCUGUAUGGAAGCCCAAGACUGUAUGCUUACAGGGAGAUGGUUGGAUUUGGUUUCUCUCAUGCUUACCUCUGCCGACCUGGUCGUGUCGCGAGUUUCGGAGAAAGAUCUUGAAUGUAUCUUCACAGUAAUCUGCAACCUUGUUACGAGGCCUAGUUCACCUGAUGAAGCACUUGAAAUGGCAAAGCAGAUUUCUGCAAAGAUUAUCCAACAGCCAGAUGAUAAACCUGCUCUCCGCUUGAAGAUUCUGUUCAUCCUGUACAAUCUGCUAGAGGACCCAUACAGCAAGUUCUUUGUGUACAUGAAAGCGCUUAAAUUGGCCGCAGCUGGUCAAGUUACUGAAAGCAUAAUACCUUCUUUCAAAAAGAUUGAUAGCUUUUUGCAAGAAUGGAAUAUUGAAAAGAUGGAGCAAAGGGAACUAUUUCUUGCCAUCUCUGCAGUUCUGAAGGACAAUAGAAGCACGAGUAAAGAUUCUUUUGCCUUUUUGAACAAGUAUUUAGCAACAUUUUCUGGUAGUGGCGAAGAUGCAUAUACGAUGAAUGAUGCAAAAGAGGAAGCUGUACGAGCUAUUAUUGAGUUUGUCAAGUCUCCAGACGUCUUUCAGUGUGAUUUGUUAGAUUUGCCUGCUGUUGCACAGCUUGAGAAAGAUGGAAAACAUGCAUUGGUAUACCAACUACUGAAGAUAUUUCUCACCCAAAGGCUCGAUGCUUACUUAGAUUUCCAAGCUGCAAAUUCCACCUUACUGAAAAGUUAUGGCCUAGUUCAUGAGGAUUGUAUCACAAAAAUGCGAUUGAUGUCAUUGCUGGAUCUCAGUUCCAAAGGUUCUGGGGAGAUUCCUUAUUCUCUAAUAAAGGAUGCACUUCAGAUCACUGAUGAUGAGGUGGAACAUUGGGUUGUAAAAGCAAUAAUGUCCAAAAUUAUAGACUGCAAAAUGGAUCAGAUGAAUCAGAUCGUGAUUGUCAGUCGGCAUACGGAGCGUGCCUUUGGGCUAUCACAAUGGCAAAAUCUCCAUUCAAAACUGAGAGUUUGGAGGAGUAAUAUUGCCAAUGCAGUCAGCACAAUCCAGGCUAACAAGGUAUCUGAGGAUGGAAUGCAGGCAAUGCAAGGAUUAGUCAUUCGUUGAGUUUGUAUCAGAGAACGUAUCGUCGAUUUCUUCUUCAGUUCGCUAGUUAGCGGGGCCUUUCAGAGGGGAAUUCGUUGAGUUCUGUAAACUCUCUGUCACAAACACAACCGGCAUCUGUUUCCCCUUUUCUUUCGUUUUUGUUUAAAUCUAUGAAGUUUUGUAGAAACAUGUGCAAUGAUUCGACAAAGUAAUAUCCCUUCAGAGUUCUAAGUUUAUCGUAGAGCUUGAAAUCUGCUAGCCAGCAGAUGCUGCCUA